GGCGCGCCGAGGGCAGCCCCGCGCGACGGGCUGAAGGAAGAACCCCACUGGCCCUGCUGGAGAGCCGAGGGCCGGGCUCGGGCUCUGGGGUGCGGGCGGCUCCGUUCCGUUCUCCCCGCCCCGCCCCGCCGGCUCGGGGGCGCGGUGCUGUGCCGGUUGUCGGGCUGCACAGCGAGGCCUCCGAAACAUCGCCCUGCUGGGCCAACGGGUGCCGCUGUCUUUCCCUCCUGUGCUGUUCCAGGUCCCCGCUCUGCGUGGGGCGCCUCGUGGUCCGGGCCGACAUGGAGAAGAGAUGGAAAGAAGACGAGACGGCCGCGAAUCCGUUCUGUACGAAGCGGUGCGUCGCGACGGUGAAAAGCGAGCCCGACGCGUGGGAACCGCUGGAUCCCGAGUCUGCUGCGGCGCAUCAAGCUCAGCCGUUGGCGCUGGAUCAAAAGGAAGCCCUGCCCGAUCCCGAAACUCCCCACGACUACGACAUUGGGAACUACGUAGACUGUAGGCAUUCGAUAAGCGAUGAAAUUAAGUAUAAACUGCUUACCCAGCCGUGGACCCCUCAUCCGAGCUAUGAGUUCCCGGUGUAUAAAGACUCGGAGAACACGUCGCGAAAAUUUAAUUACUCGUGGCUGAUAAAUUAUCCGUUCGUAUCUUAUAGCGAGAAAUGCGCGGGCGUCUUUUGUCGUGUUUGUGUGCUGUUUGCCCCAAUACAGGUAGGAGGCCAGAAACUGUCUACGCUGGUUUCUCAGCCAUGCAAGAAUUGGCAAAAAGUUACGACAAAAUUAAAAAAUCACACUACAAAAAAGUUUCACGGAGCAGCCUGUUUGGAAGCACAAAUAUUCAGCGAAUGUUAUGAAAAAACCUAUAAAAUUCUCAUACACACGCUGGAUGAAGAAAGAUGUGCCCAGGUAGAAGAAAACCGAAAGAAACUUGCGCCUAUCAUUGAGACUGUGGUGUUUGCAGGUAAAAACGGUCUGCCACUUGGAGGGAAGGAUAACGGUGAAUUGGGUAAGAACGGUGAGAGUAAAUCUGAAAGCAUUUUCCAAUCACUUCUGCGUCUCCAUUGUCAAGCUGGUGACAUAACCUUACACGAACACUUACUAAAUGAGCCCCAAAAUGCAAUAUACAGUAGUGAAACCAUUCAAAGGGAAAUUAUAGAAGCAAGCAAUAUCAUCGUCAGAAGCAAGCUGGUACAUGAAAUAAAUGAGUCGGGUUUCUUUGCGGUAUUCCUAGAUGAUGAAACCACAGUCAUUUCAAAUGUGGAACAAAUGUCUGUCUGUGUGCGAUAUGUCAAAGAAGAUCCAGUUACAGUUUGUGAAGUUUUCCUAGGCUUUUUACCUGUUUAUAACCUGACUGGUGCCGGUUUAGCAAAGGCCCUUUUGGAUUUCUUGAGGGAAUGUAGUCUAGAUUUGACAAAAUUGAGGGGGCAGGGUUAUGAUGGAGCCACCAAAGUGGCUGGCCACGUAAACAGUAUACAGGCUCACAUAAAAUCUGACUUUCCCAAAGCUGCGUACAGCCAUUGUGCAUCUCAUGCUUUGAAUCUUACCAUAGCAAAAUCUUGCACAAUACGUGGAAUAGAAACUACCUUAGGCAUUCUGAAUGAAGCUAUUGGAUAUUUUGAGGAGUCGGCCAAACGGAUGAAGUACCUGUCAGAUGCUAUAAAUGCCACGUGCCCAAAGAGCAGGCACAAACGCUUGCAAAGUGCCUGUGUUACUAGAUGGGUGGAGCGACAUGACAGUAUCAUGGUGUUCGCUGAGCUCUACGAUGCUAUUAUUGCAGCACUGGAAGCAAUGCAGACGGAUGGUGACAAAGCUGUCAGAAAUAAAGCAAAUUUCUACUACAAAAGCGUAUGUGAUUUUGAAUUUAUUAUCAAUUUGACAGUUGCUGAAUUCCUCUUAGGAAUCACUCUUCCACUGUCCAAGGAACUUCAGAGGGUAAAUGCUGACAUUGUGGAAUGUUUUGACCAAGUGAAAUUGGCAGUUGAGGUUUUAGAAGGGGGAGAUUCAGUGACACACUAAAACGGGCACUGCUGGUAUGGACCAGUUUCAGCAGAGCGUUCCAGGUCUGGAGGUUGGCCGAAAGAAAGUGCAAAAAUAUUUGCUGGAGAAAGAAGCAGAGUGUAUGUUGAAACACAAUUGCAAGAGCAAAGGAGCUGUGCACAGAGCAGAUAAGUAUGCAGAGAUGGAUGUGAAAGAGCCUUGAUAGUGAGAACAAGAAAAUUGACCUUGAGGCAAUUAAAACAGGUAACCAAGGGAAAGAUUUAAGGAAGGGUGAGGAAUGUGGUCAGAGAGGUGAGUAGGGAGGUGAUUUCAACAGUAGGGGCCUAUAUGGGCAUGUGGGUUUUGGAGGAUCCAGAGAGGAAAAAUCAGGCUGGGAGAUAAUGAAGGCCUGAACAAGAGUCUUAGCUAUUUUGAGUAAAAUGAUCUCAGAAAUGUUAUGGGGAAAGAUACAGACAUGCAGAUCAAGGGACAAGAGGCAAAAAAUGUGCAUCACCUCCUCUUCUUUCUCCUGUUAACUGUCCUUAGGAACCUGGAGGGUUGUGCUAUCUUAAUGAUGGAGGCAAGUUUAACUGUGAUGGCUUUUAGUCGAUAGCAAGAUAUCAAGAAGUAACUGACAGAGAGGGACUGAAGUGCAGAUCAGAUGGAGGGAGUCAGGUAAGACAUGAGGAGGUAGGAUUGCAUGCAAGUCAUCAGUGUAAUUUGAAACUGGGUAGACGAGGUCAUCCAAGGAGUGAAAGAGAAGAAGGGCCAAGAAUGGGAUAUAUGGAAGAGCAUCUGCAGAAGGAGUGACUAGAAAGGUGGAAAGGGAAACAGAGGAGGACAAGAGUAGGGCAGACAGUGUCAAAAGAAACAGAGAGCAAUGCAGGAAAAUGAGGGUGGAAUACAGGCCCUAGAUUUGCCUGUGCAGAGGUACGUAUGCUGUGUUUUACUUUUCCAUGUUAGCAGGUGAAUAUGGCUGCAUUUUGACUAAAGACAUGUAGUGUUAAGGUCUGCUCUGAAACAUGAUCCUACCCAGAAUGGUGUUGUGCAGUCUCACAUCUAUUCUCCAAAACUCCUGGGUCAGAUCUGCUUCUUUUACAAGUACAUGCAUGUUUGUUUGCUUUUUAUAACUACCAGCACUGCAAAUUUAGCACUAGAAAGUCUAGUAGUUCUGCAUCUGGCAUUUUCAUCAUCACCACUAACAAGGAUUUUAUAAUUAAUGUCUGCCCUUGGGUAUGUCUGGGCAACUCUGAUAUCAUCUAAACACGCGCUGGAUUACACCUCUGCAACUCCUUUGCAUAGGUGUAAGAAAGGAGGUCCUGUGACUGGAACAUGCAGUCUGCUGGUGUUAACUAAGAAAGGAACCCAGCUCAUUCUCCUUGAGCUAUGGCAGUUUGACAGGACAGAUGGGAGCAAAAGCCCCUUGUUUUCAUAACUGUGAGUAGAUAAAGGACACAAAGGUAACAGGUCUGCUGAGGCAUAUUUACCUAUGCUCUUAAGAGAAGCUGCUUGCUUUCAGAAAUGGUGAAAACCAACACUUAUGUCUGGAGGUUUUGAAUGGUCUGUCACUAGUAAUCCCUACAUUCUCAGUAAUAAACUUAGAGAUGUGUCAUCUCUUCCCAUUUUUAUAAUUUUAUUUGAAACAGCACUUGAUAUCUAGUCAGUUUGGUUGUUUCUCCCAUAUAAUGAACUUUCCCUGUUGCUGUGUAGAUGCCCUGUAUACGUUUUUUUUUGUAAGUAAUGUUCAUGAACAUGCAUAGUUGGUAGCAAGACUCGGGGCAAAGGUUGUCAUCUCUGAAAUUGUUUUUUAGCUUGCUUUUAUAUAGUUGUAAUACAGGAAUCAUGAAAGCUGAUAUAUUCUCUUAAGAUCCAGUUUCUUUUCAUAUCUGCCUUCAAAUCUUUUAUUCUACUAACAGUGCCCAUCUUGAUAUGUCUUCUAUGUAAUGCUGCUUCUGUCUUCAAAUCUCCCAUUCUAUUCUCAGACAUGAAGCACUAGUUCAACCCUCUUCUUUCAGAUAACCCCUAAAGAAUUCCCCUGUAUGGACAGGUUGUAAAUACUAAAAUACUAAAAAAGAGAUCAAAUAAGAGGGAAGGAGUGAGCAAUGAGAAAGAAGACAGAGAUCAAAUAAGAGGGAAGGAGUGGCCAAUGAGAAAGUAGACAACUUAUGUUUAAAAUACAAAAAUGUCUUGUGGCACUAUCAAGUAAUCUCCAUUUUGUGACACGCUUCACACAGUGUUUGCUAUGGUGGCUAUUUGCAUUAUUUCUAUAAAUAGCAUGUAAGAUGGUUUUGCAUGUCUUUUGAUCUGUAAUGGCCUUCACAUGUUUUGAGCCCUGUUUAAAUAAGCUGUAUACUAAAUGGAAGAAUAUAGCACCUUUGGUUAUUUUAAGAAAGCUCCUUUUCUUCCUCCCCCACAUGUUCCUACUUCUCAACCAGCUGUUACAGAGGUGGUGCUGGGCUUUGGCGCUAGUCCUGCCCAGCCAUCUUCUGCAGAUGAGAGAGUCCCUCAGAUAGAGUGUGUUAGGGAAACAAAUUAUGAGACUCUUGGAAGAAACCCAAAAGCGAGAAAGUCCAUCCACUUGCAUGCAAAGAGCAGAGUAAUGUAGAUGUUAGGUUAGAAACAAAUACUGUUGCUCUUCUAAAUCAAGCAUUUGUUCAAGUUAAAACUUUGGAAUGAACUCAAAACAGUUCUUAGAGGACAUUUAUCUGUCACAAAAUCACCAGAAAGUAUAGUGUCUCUGGCCACAAGCAGGCCAGAACUGAAAAAGAGAUAAGAGGAGGUUGCAGAUCAGAAUGUUGUUCUGGUACAAUUGUGUUUCCAUACCAGGAGCCCGUAUCAUGGAUGUCUCUAGUUACUAGCUAUUUGUUUAUCUUGCCUCUUAGGAACUGAAAUAAGUACGAGCACCGUAAUGUGAAUGAUAAAAUGUAUGUCAAGUCAAAAUGGAGAGGCUUAUUGGAGAAGUCCUCUUUGAUAGUCAUCCGAGAACAUAAGAGAAGUCAAGCUGGGAAAGAACUGCUGAAUCAUCCAUGUGUGUGAAAAGUUGGUUUUGUGUUGCAAGGAGACAUGGCUUGGAAAGAAUGGCUUGCCUCUCCUCUUUCACCAGGUUACUCCCUGGCUCCUUCCAGUUUGUCAUGUGUUAUAAGGUCAGUGCAGUAUGUUAGGAUAUAGCAUGAUUACCGUGUUACUUAUUUUCAAAUACAGUGUAUUCUUUUCUCUAUGUGGUGUGACCAAGCUAUGCUAUGGAAAUGCUACACUGGCCCCUUGAACGAAAGAAGGGGCAGGAUGUUACAAUUAGAAGUUUUGUUGGAAUUUGGGAUUAGAUUCCAAAUUCCAGUGCUGGGAAACAGAGUGUAAAUGUUACAGUUCGUGAGAGGCUGGACUACAGAGAAACUGUGCAAGGAGAAUUAACUACCUGUCUUCAGUGGCGGGAACCCGAUCAGUCAGUUCAUAGGCCGGGCUAAGCCCCUCUUGUAAGGUUGCAACCAUACGAUAUUCAUACGAUUAAUUGUGAAAAUUUGAUUUCCAACAAGAUCCCAAAUCCUGGUAGGAGUGAGGUUUCAACUUCCAGACAAAUCUUUGCAAAGGUCGUUUAUGUGGCCUUAGAGAAAUCAGGUAGCAUUAGGGAGGGAAAUCCAUGGCAACAAAGGAAAGGAAGGGGAGCAGAAUUCCUGAUGGGGGAUGAAAAGGAAAGUCUGAGUUCGGGAGGUGAAUCCGAGUUCUCUUCAGUUGACAUUGCACAACAUUACUAUUUCAGUUUGGUCAUUUUCAGCUGUUGUGUUUCUGCUCCUAUAGGGAUGUGGAAGGUACAUUUUUGGCAUUAAAAUAUGCAAACAAUUGGGUUAUUUUCCUUCCUAUGAAACCAUGUGUGUACAACCAUAGUGCAAUACAAUGGGGACAAGCUGCCCUAGUAAUACCCAAGCUAUAAAGGCUCAAGACCAGCUUUGAUGGAAUCUAUACAGCCGGCCUAGCCCACCUGCUGAAGCUUUCAGACCUACUAAUGUCGAGUCAAUGUUUCUUCCACAACUGUGUGAUUAAUUAUUUUACAGGCUUUCAAAUGGCAUUGGUUUCAACUGUUAGUGUGAGGUUUCUGAAACUAGCCAGAUCAAGUCAUGGAGAAAGACUCACUGGUUCUCCAAAGUGUGUGGCUGGGCUGGUGACUUUUUUUCUUUUAAGUAGGACUGUUGAUGCUUGAAGGGAUCAAACAAGCAGAAGAAUUCAUUGUGGCAAGCGCCUGCUUGGGGUUAGUUUCAGUAAGUCUCUUAUUAUCGGACGGUUUUCCAGGUGCGGUGUUGUCUUCGUGCCCACUUGAAGGAUCUGAAAAACAAACUUCAGCUGCCAUUAUAUUGCUGCAUUAUCUCCACAUUAACUUUUACAGGCAAACAUUGCUUUUGGGCUUAUAUGUGGGAUAUACCCCAGUGACUUUAGUGGAAGCUUUGUACACUUUAUGACAGUAUUGACUUGCACCUAAAAUAUAUAGCUUGUGCUUGCUCAUGUGUAAUCUCUGUCUGUCUCUCUCUCUCUCUCUCUAUAUAUAUACACAUGCUGUGCUUGGCUUGUUUUGGUUGCACCUGAUGAAGACUAUCAAGCGUUCAAAAGCUUGUCGAACUCUAUCCCAACUCUAGAGUUGGUCCAAUAAAAGCUACCAGCAUAAGAAAUC